AGACAGGUUUAAAUUUGAUUCAGUCGUUUAUCGGCUACUACUUCUCUUUUUAUAGUAACCUUCUUUUCGGAAAUGCAAAUGGCUUGUGGAUCGUAUUGAGCACUCGCCGUUGCGCAUGCGAAUACUUCAUUUCCUUCUGGAACGUUGAAUUACAGUCGAAGAUUAACUUCCAUCUCCAUCAGCUUCACAAACACCAUGGCCUACCGUGCAGCUCUGAACGGUGUCAGCGACGACCGCGACCGCAGACGCGGCGGCACCAACUACCCCGACACAAGAGGACAGCGCGACGGCGCUCGCGGGAGGAGUCGAUCCCGGUCACGACCCAGAGGCGGGGAACAACCAGCAAAUAACAGAGCGGCACGCGCAAACGGCGACCUCGACCGACCGAACAAACCUAUCGCGAAUGGAACCGUAACCAACGCGUUAGGGGGGCAGCAAGGAGGCAAGACUGGAGAUCAGCCUGCUGGUGGUCCGUUAUCCGAGAUCAACCGCGACACCACGCCGCCGUUUCUGCUAAGGAUAUGGCACCAGCACGGCAAGCACCACAGGCUCAACACCAGGGAGGUGAUGAAAGAAGACGACGAGCUGCAGGUGUACACCUGGUUGGACGUGACGUUGCGGGAGUUGUCCGACUUGAUCAAAGAUGUGGUGCCCGAAACGAGAAAAAGCAACUGCAUGCUCGACGUCAGGUUGAUCUAUCCAGGUAUAACAGAACGAAUGUGAGAGUGAGGUUUGUUUCAACAUCUAGUGAAGUACAAAGCUGUGUCAAGGAUUUGUGUUAUCCGAGUCGACCAUGGUCGGGAAUACGCAAAAACGAACUGUCAGCACAUCUAGUGUAGGCCGAACCAACGAAAAAGAAAAGUAUCAUCAUUAAAACAGGUCCCGAUGGUCGCAGCAACUCCCUGAAUCUCGGCGAGGUUCAUUCCGUCUUCAAAAAGAGCGAGGACUACCGACCGAUCUUGCUCAGGCAGGGUAGAAUUUUCGAAAUCGGCGACAUGCUGUCAGUCGCGAUUUUGGAACAGGACGGGAAAUCAUGGAGUACAAAUUAUUUUUGUGUUGCUGCUUUUCCGAAUGUAUUCACGUGUACGUGUUCACAGCUCUCUUUCUGGUGUGAAACGCAUACAAAGAUGUUCAUGCUGAUGGUUUCAAAACCCUUACAAUUACAGCCGAGAGGUGGAACCCGCGUGCGCUUCGCCUGCAACGGGAUCCCAAUUACAAUGCCCGAGCUGGGCAAUAUAACGGCUACGGAGGGGGCGCUGGUGGCAGAAGGAACGGCCACAGAGGCGACUGAUGGGAUCUGACUUGUUCCAUAGUUUCUCUUUUCAGAAGCGCUGUUUGGUGUGUUGAAGAAACGUGCUUUUGAGGAUAACGCUCUGAAAAAUUCACGACUGUCGGAAAACGCAAUGCUAAGAACGACAAGCGACAUACUAAUAAUCACAAAGAUCUC